AUGUCGUGUCCAGAAGACAGCCUUCCUCCAGCUUCUGUCCCUGUUUGGCCACUGGAGGUGAUGAGACAUCUGGUGGGCUGGGUGUCACUAGCUGUCUGUAUGCAUGGGCUGAAUGCAGAACUGAUCUCCCAUUUACAUCCUCCAAUUCGAGAUAUUUCUAUUGCUUCCUGCAUCUUUCCAUUUAUAUACGAUGAUGAAAUCCACUACAAUUGUAUCUCCACCCACAGUGACUUUGACUGGUGUUCUCUUGACUUUAACUUUAAAGGAAGAUGGCGAUACUGCACAGCAAAUGAUCCUCCCAUGUGCACCUUCCCUUUCCUCUUUAGAAAAAGGACCAUUCACAAUUGUACCAAGGAAGGCUACAUUUUGAAUCGGAGUUGGUGUUCAUUGACAAAAAAUUACAACAAAGACAGAAAGUGGAAGCAAUGCUCUCCUCUGAAGUAA